AUGACGACCAGUCGCUCACGGCGGAGCUGUGGCGAGCUGAAGAGACCUCGAUUCCCCUGGGAAACAAGCUCCUUGCUAGUGCACACGGCUUCUUCGAGUGGUUCUUCCACACACACGAGCGUUCACGCUGUUAGCGACCUGGGGGCCGCCACCGUGGAACUGAAGAAAUUCGUGGCCCAAAUGGCCCCCACGGCCCCCAAGCCGAAGCUGCGUGAUGACGACUAA